UUCUUCUUCUUCUUCUUCACUUCAUCACCAUGCCAUGGCGUCUGCAGCUGGCAUUCCCCCUCCCCUCGCACAAGCCCCGCCUAUAUAACCCACUGGCCUCGUUCUCCGGUGCAACAAUCCAGUUUCCAUGUGUCUGCUUGCAAGUCUCACAUUGGCACCGUGUUCGGUUCACGAGUUCAAACCUUAAAGCGAGAGCUGGGUGUGUGUUGUCUGUGAACUGGGCAGUGUCGAUCGGCAAACCUGCGUGCGGUUAGACUCCCACAAGGUUUCCUGCAGUGUAACUGGGAUUGGUUUCUUUGAAACAGAGUUGCUCGUGUGGGGGAAUGGGUUGCAACGGCCCUAAGGAUCAAGCUGUAGUGCACGUCGCUAGUUAAAUUGUCUUGUGGAAGGCGAAGAGGAAGGACAGCCUCCAGCUGGAGAUUGCUUGUUACCUGUGACCAGCUCUGAGAUAGUGUUACUUGAGAGGGGGAGCACUAGAGCCCGCGUUCCUGUAUUGGGCUAUGUAGCAGUGUAGCCCAGAGGGUAGGUGCGGCUCUGUGUUGCUGCACGUAGGUCGGUCAGUUUGACGCUUAGAAGCUUAUAAGGCGAAGAGCCACGGCCUCGUGCUGAAAAAGGAUCUACGGCGAUUGAGUUGGGAUGCAUUUUGCGUUUGGGGAUACGCUGUGGAUGGGUGUGUUCGUUUCUGCUGAAGUGGAAAGACAUUGACUUUACAGUGUUUCGUUGUCUGAGUAGCGUGUCUUUGGGCUUGCCGCAUUUGGUCUGAAUUAGCAGAGCUUACGGUUUUAAAAUUGGUUAUCUCUGCCUCCUUCGUAUAUUUGUGCUGAUGUUUUGGAUCAUUGCUCCAUUGCUGUAGGUUUUCAUUGUGGCCUUAGUUCCUUGCUUGUUUCGGUUUCUCCACGAGGUUUCUCUCGACGCUUCUUCUGUUGUAACCGUAUCACUUUACAGCUGUGUCAUUGGCGAUUACAUCGAACUCUUCAACCCCUCCGUCUCCUUCAAUUUUUAGACUUUUCCUACCACCUAAUAGCCAAUCUGACAACCAUGGCCCGAGUUGUGAAAGUCUACUUUCUCCUUUUUGCGUUGUGUGCGGUGUCUGUGGUCGUUGACUCUCGCCCAAUACCUCUUUCCUCUAUUACAAAUGUCAAAGCCGUCGAGAUCGAAGUAGUUGAGAUCGAUCAACCUGUGAACAUUGGAAGGAAUCUCUUCAAACUGGUUAGCAACUCCCCUGUUUUACCCUAUCACAAUGGCCCUUUGCUGGCCGGUAGAGAGGCCCUCAAUGUUUACAUCAUCUGGUAUGGUACCUUCACGCCGACUCAGAAAUCAAUUGUAAGCGACUUCUUCCUCUCGUUCCAGCAGCCCAGUGCCGAUGUGCACCCUUCCGUUGCGAGCUGGUGGAAAAUGACGUCUGCAUACCAGGACAACAAGAACAACAUCCCAGCAGGAGCAGUGAAGCUAGAGGGACAAGCGGAUGAUAACUACAGUAUCGGCAAAACCUUGAAACAAGCCGACAUUGAAACCCUCGUGGUCACCGCUAUGGCAUCCCUCCCUGCCGAUCCUGCUUCCAUCUACUUCGUCCUCACUGCAGCCGAUGUCAAAGUCGAAGGCUUCUGUAUGAACACCUGCGCGUCCCACUCCUUCACAUCCUCAUCUCCUGCUUCCAAGAAUUAUAUGCUGCUCUACUCCUGGGUUGGAUACUCAGGAACAGAGUGCCCUGGACAAUGCGCUUGGCCUUACGCUCUCCCGCAGUAUGGUCCUCAGGGCGCUAAAGCUUUGGUCGCCCCCAAUGCCGACGCUGGAAUGGACGGAAUGGUAAUCAACAUGGCAAGCAUGCUCGCAGGGACUGUGACUAACCCGUUCAACAACGGUUACUAUCAGGGUGAUGCAAUGGCACCCUUGGAAGCAGCCACCGCUUGCACCGGCAUCUAUGGUGCUGGAGCUUUCCCUGGAAACCCUGGCCAGCUAGUAGUGGAUCCCAUCACCAGUGCUAGCUACAAUGCGCAAGGAACGGGGAUAAGAAAGUACUUGUUGCCUGCUCUGUGGGAUCCUGUGACGAUGACCUGCGUGCCAGUGUCGUAAGAAUGUGGAGGAGUUCACUAGGUUUUGGAAACCAGGAGAGAAGACUGCUUAGGAGCCAGCUGCCGAGGUAUUUGUGCCCUUGGGUUUGGUUCGCUUCAUGGGAGAAAUGACACUUCUUCGUGGAGGUAGAUUUCUCUUGAAGUUUGGGGGAGGAAGAUAGAGCUCUGAUCCUGAUCGAUCAAGAUGUUCUUUACGAGAGGUUAGCAUCAAUUUCUGUAUCAGCAUGUCUGGAAGUUGAUCGAAGUGCGAAAUUUGUCGUUACAGAUGAUCAUUCUGUACAUAUGAGCGGGUAUUGCAGGUGUAAUUAUUGACGAGCUCGAAAGAUUUAGCAUUGUUGUCGGGUCGACGUGUGCGACUACCGCCAAUUUUUGAAGCAAUGCACUGGGAGAUUUGUGUUACUAAUAAUUGUGAUACAUUUGUACACUACUACACAGAGCCUUCCGAAUCCUUGCAACAAUAGUUCCACUUCACUCUGC